CCCACUUUUGAAACUCUUUGAUGUUUGGUAUCUCGACAACUAUCUGUGAAAAUUCAUGAACAAUUUGGCUGAUUUUCGUUUUUGAGACCGGCCGCUUAUCUCUCUGAAAAUAAUUCCUGAAUACAAAAGUGCAAUGCUGUGGAAAAUUUUCGGAUUAAUCUUAUGCGGUGCAGGCGUGUAUUGCGUGCCGGUCAUACCUGAAGACGUACCGACCGCUUUCGCCGCCAUAUACGGCUUCUUCCCUCCCAUCCGUAAAGUCAGCGACCAUCGGUUCGGAUUCGGUUUUCGUUUCGGAAACCACGCUGAUCUCCAAGUUAUAUACGAAUUCGGCCCCCAGCUGAUCACGAAGCCGCUACGAGCCGUCUCCAGAAUCAGGUCUACAUCUCACCGAGAGAGAAUACGUCGACCGAUCUUAGACUUUCUGAUCAAGACCGGACUCAUUAAGAAGGCUUCGUAUAAAUUUAGUGUUUCAAGCGAUUGUGACGACGAACCCCGUUGA